ACAGCAAAAGACUCAGCCCCUCGAUGGUCCAGUUCGCCCUCCCCUGAAAAGCAGGGUCACGGGAACUGCCAACACCUGCCGGUAGCCACAAGUCCACCCCGGACAUCAGGCAUUGUAUAUAGCAAUAGCGUGCAAACAAAUAAAGAUACCUAUCCAUUAAACCAUACCACCUAUCCAUUAGACCAUACCACCUAUCCAGUAAACCAUACCACCUAUCCAUUAAACCAUACCACCUAUCCAUUAAACCAUACCACCUAUCCAUUAGACCAUACCACCUAUCCAGUAAACCAUACCACCUAUCCAUUAAACCAUACCACCUGUCCAUUAGACCAUACCACCUAUCCAGUAAAUCAAACCACCUAUCCAUUAGACAUCACCACCUAUCCAGUAAACCAUACCACCUAUCCAUCAAACCAUACCACCUAUCCAUCAAAUAUACCAUCUAUCCUUUAA